GUUUCCGGCCGUCUGAAUCUGGAUGGUUUCUGUUGCAGGCGUAUUUUCUACUCACGAUCGCAUUAAUGGUGCCUCUAUUAACCGAAGAAUUGCUCUAUUUGCGGAGCAAUAGUACCGAGAGGGAGCAUCUCAGCAUCAUAGAUCCGGACAACACGUCAGAGACGUCGCUCAUCUUUACGCUGUUAUUAAUCUGCGUUUCGUCGUUGGGUGUUCUGUCCUCUUUCGCUCUGCUCGCCGGGUUGUAUUGGAACAAUAGGAUCCUGCUGAUACCGUGGAUGGUGACGAUCGUCUCGUACCUAGGCGUUGAUAUAUCGAACUGCAUUUACGUGUUCAUUAUAAAUACCCUUCAAGUUAAUCCCAUGAGCUCGAUUCUGUUCACACUCGACUUUUUCCUAAUCAUCAUCAACAUCUAUUGUCUGCUUUGCGUAGUCUCGCAAUAUCAGGAGCUGAGGGCUGGCAGAGGAAGGGCGAACGACGAUUUAAGAGUGGUGCCGAACGUCCAUUACAGUACGCAGCCGACGGCGACGAGUUUCCUUCGAAGAGCGGCGACCUUCAACGAGACGAGGGCUUCUCCUACUCAGAGUCCGACGGGUACAGGACCUCAUACCUCGAUGGGAACUGACGAACAAUCGCCAAAUAUUAUUCCGAAAGGACCAAGGAAAUCGGUAAAAUUCCCGGAUCACGAAAGUCCCACGCACAACGGAAGGACACUCUUGGAACCUUGGAGUAUAGAAGUGAAGGCCAAGAACAAUGCGGACACCGCUCCCCUCAUAGAAACGUUGAACCCAAUCACGGAGAAUAAAGAUUAGGUGCAAUCAAACGCAAUGAUUGUCGUGUAUCAACUUUACAAAUUACCCUCUUUCGAUGGUCAUCAGUUACGUUGCUGAACAUGCAAAUUGUAAUGUGCGCUCUCCAUUCGGCCGUGGAACCGCGUCUGAGUUAUUAAUUAAACAGAAUUACGUUCGGCUGUCGAAUAUGCUCAAAUGGGUGUGCAAAUAAACGUUCCGCAAUGUUCAACGAUGUACUAAACACCCGAUUAUUAGGCACUGGUGAAUCUACAAUUCCGCAAGAGUCGCUCAAGUGUAUAACUGUAUAGUGGAUUCGCCGGGCAUAAAAAUAACAUUCAUACAUUGUACAAAACCCGAAUUAUAUUUUUCACAUUAUCAAACAGAAAUACAUUUUAUAUACAACAUUAAUCUCAACUCAAAGCAUUUGAUUUAUUGUUUAGCUAUAAUAAGUUUUCUUUGCAAAGUUACAGUAAUCAAAAUAGAUUACUGCUACUUAUUCAUCCAUUAAAUAGACAAACACUUGAAAAUCAUGGAAUUCUAGCUUCGUCAGCUGACUAAUAUACUAUUUAACUGUGCCAGGGUAAACUCGUAACUCGUUUCCUCAUUUUUUGUUCGUAAAUUGGCAAGCUGCAAAGGAUUCUCGUGUUGUAUGAUUCAUCCAAGAUUAUUUGCGACUUGCUACGUAAAUGCGAUCUAGUCAACUGUUAGUACCAUUGAUGUCAAUAAUAAUCGUCAUUAUUAUAUUUAAUAGAUUUAAAUUGAAAUAU